UUGAGAAAUGAUCAUCUUUAAUACUCUGCUGCUCAGUCUGUUAGUGUGUGCACCACAAUGUCAGCAGCCAUGGACUCAAUCAGUUGUUCAAUAUGUCUGGAUCUACUGAAGGAUCCGGUGACUAUUCCCUGUGGACACAGCUACUGUAUGGGCUGUAUUAAGGACUGCUGGGAUCAGGAUGAUCCGAAGGGUGUCUAUAGCUGCCCUCAGUGCAGACAGACCUUCACCCCAAGGCCUGUUCUGAAGAAAAGCACCAUGCUAGCAGAAUUGGUGGAGACUCUGAAGAAGACAGGACUCCAAGCUGGUACCCCUGCUCACCAUUAUGCUGGACCUGGAGAUGUUGCGUGUGAUGUCUGCACUGGGAGAAAACUCAAAGCGGUCAAGUCCUGUCUGGUGUGUCUGGCCUCUUACUGUGAGACUCACCUCCAGCCUCACUAUGAAUCUCCUACCUUUAAGAAGCACAAGCUGGUCAAAGCCUCCACACAACUAGAGGAGAAGAUCUGCUCUCAUCAUGACAAACUGGUGGAGAUUUACUGCCAUACUGAUCAGCAGUUUAUCUGUUAUCUGUGUACAAUGGAUAAACAUAAAGGCCAUGAUACAGUCUCAGCUGAAUCAGAAAGGACUGAGAGACAGAGUCAACUGGGAGAGAAACAGAAGGAAACCAAACAGAGAAUCCAGAAGAGACAGAAAGAGAUACAGGAUGUGAGACAGGCUGUGAAGUCACUCAGGCGCUCUGCACAAGCAGCAGUGGGGGACAGUGAGAGGAUCUUUACUGAACUGAUCCACUCCAUUGAGAGAAAGUGCUCUGAGGUGAAAGAGCUGAUCAGAGCCCAGGAGAAGGUUGAAGUGAGUCGAGCAAAAGGACUGCUGAAGCAACUGGACCAGGAGAUGGCUGAGCUGAGGAGAAGAGAGGGCGAGUUGGAGCAGCUCGCACACACAGAAGACAACAUUCAAUUCCUCCAGAGUUUCCAGUCUCUCUGUGUCCCUCCUCGAUGUGAAAACUUACUCAGCAUCACUGUCAACCAACACGUCUUCUUUGAGGAUGUAAGAAAAUCAGUCACUGAGCUAAAAAGCCAAUUAGGAAAAAUCUGCUCUGGGGAAAUUGCCAAGAUCUCUGUAAAAUUGACAAAAGUCCACAUUGUUCCACCUUCUGAGCCCCAUUGUCUUCCGUCAUUUGGCACAACUCAGUCUGGACUGUCAGUUGGAGGACUAGCAUCACAUGGGAAUGAUACCACCUGUCAGAAGACAAGGCCUGAACCCAAAACCAGAGAGGAGUUCUUAGAAUAUUACUGUCAGCUCACAUUGGAUCCCAACACGGCAUUUAACUGUCUGUGUCUGUCUGAGGGGAACAGAAAGGUGACACGGCGUUAUAAGGACCAGCUUUAUCCUGCCCAUUCAGACAGAUUUACCACUUACCCCCAGGUGUUGUGUGGAGAGGGUCUGUCUGGAGCCUGCUACUGGGAGGUGGAGUGGAGCGGGGACUGGGUUGAUAUAGCUGUCUCAUAUAAAGGGAUAAGCAGGAGUGGACCUGACGAGGGUUUGUUUAGAAGCAGUAAACAGGCCUGGUGUUUGGAGUGUGAUGCUUCUGGUUGCUCUUUCUAUCACAAUGAUAAACCGAUUGUCAUACCUGUCUCCUGUUCCACCAGAGUAGGAGUGUAUCUGGACCACAGUGCAGGAACUCUGUCUUUCUACAGCGUCUCUGACACAAUGACCCUCCUCUGCAGAGUCCAAACCACUUUCACUCAGCCCCUCUAUCCUGGGUUCACUGUCUCUAGAACUGUGAAUAUACUGAAACCAAACAAGAUUAUUAUAGCAAACUGAAACUAAAACAAAAACUAAUCUUGAAAAAACUAUUCAGUAAACCGAACUAACUAAAUUGUAAAAAUAAAUAAACAAAUAAAUAAACAUAACCUAACUAGGCAAGUCAGUUAAGAACAAAUUCUUAUUUACAUUGACGGCCUACUUGGGAACAGUGGGUUAACUGCCUUGUUCAUGGGCAGAAUGACCGAUUUUACCUUGUCAGCUUGGGGAUUCGAGCUGACAAACCCGUUUUAAAAACUAAAACUAUACUGAAACUAUUUUCUUUGACUCCAAAAUAAAAUAUAACCAUCAUGAACUAUGUUCAGUUUGAGGUUUUUUUCUCAAAACUUUCGGCAAAUAUCUAAUAGGGUUUUCAAUGGGGUUUUCAAGCUUUUAAGGUGUUUUCAAGCUACUAAAUCAGGAGAAGCCGGUGUUUAAAAUAGACCUAGCUUGUGCAUCACUAUCACUAGGGACAGACUUUGAUUUGGAGGCCACAGGCAGAUGCCAGUCUGAGCCCACCCUCCCCCUUGAACGAAGCAGAUUAAAAAGGCUAAUUGAAAACCUUUGAAAUACUCUUCAUUAGUAAAGGUCUUUGCAUCACCACCUAAAGGGGUGGGCAAUCAUUUUGGCUCGAGGGGCACAUCUGGAUUCUAAAAUUCAACAGACUUUUUGGGGACCAGUUUGUGUGUCAAAAGCAAUUUGCGUCCCAGAAACAGGGCAGUUGUUUGAAAAUAAGUAUCAUUAUAGUUUCUACAUACAGUGGUUCCUCCCUUAAAAGUUACAUCAUACUGAAGCACACCUUAUGUACUGCCGCAGCAUUCUGUGGCACGUCAUUUAAUUCUCAGCCAUUUCUUCUGUUACUGCAAGUUAUUGCUAGUUUGACCACAAGAGGGCAUCCUUGAGAAGCAUUUGAUAGUCCUCCCGUAUUGGCAUUACCAGAGAAUGUAAAACCUUUUUUGUAAUAACAUAGUAUAUGGGAUUAAUUUUAAGAAAUUUGGCUUAAUUAAUUUGAUUAAUAUUAUGGUGUUUCUAUUCAGAGAAAAAAUAUGCACAGUUUGUCUCUACGUUAGCUAACAUAUUCCUCUCAAUUGUACAUUGUACAUAUUUGGCUUGACUCGUUAUGAUGUUAUAACUACUUACAUUUGCCUCCCCGUAAUGUUUUGUCAGCUAUCUUUGCUGAAGAAAGUCACCAGGGAGGGGUGGCUCAUGUCAAAUUCAUCAUUGGAACCACUCGAUAUGAUUGGUCAUAUAAAAACCUAUAGAGACUGGCCUUCAUGGUUAGUCUCUAUAGACUAACCAUGGAAUCAGGCCUUCAUUGUUUAAUUUCUGCAAAGGAAUAACUACUAAAGGACCAGAAGAUACUUUAUUGGGCCAAGAAACACGAAAAAUUGACAUUAGACUUGUGGAAAUCUGUCCUUUGAUGAAUACAAAUUUGAGAUUUUUGGUUCCAACAGCCGUGUCUUUGUGAGAUGCAGAGUAGGUGAAUGGAUGAUCUCCGCAUGUGUGGUUCCCACCAUGAAGCAUGGAGGAGAAGGUGUGAUGGUGUGGGGGUGCUUUGCUGGUGAAACUGUCUGUGAUUUAUUUAGAAUUCAAGAUACAAUUAACCAGCAUGGCUACCAAAGCAUUCUGCAGCGAUACACCAUCCCAUUUGGUUUGCGCUUAGUGGGACUAUCCUUUGUUUUUCAACAGGACAAUGACCCAACACACCUUCAGGCUGUGUAAAGGCUAUUUGACCAAGAAGGAGAUUGAUAGAGUGCUGCAUCAGUUGAUCUGGCUUCACAAUCACUCAAUCUCAACCCAAUUGAGAUGGUUUGGGAUGAGUUGGACCAGAGAGUGAAGGAAAAGCAGCCAAGCAGCCAAGUUCAGCAUAUGAACUCCUUCAAGACUGUUGGAAAAGCAUUCCAGGUGAAGCAGGUUGAGAGCAUACCAAGAGUGUGAAAAGCUGACAUCAAGUCAAAGUGUGGUGUUACGGCUCUCGUUUGUGGAAUGACCGGACCAAGGUUCAGCGUGGUAGGCGUACAUCGUUUUUUAUUUGAUGACACCAAAAGCAAAAUAACGACUAAAAACGAAAGCGCACAGUUCUGUAAGGCAAAGAAACAAUACAGAAAACAAGAUCCCACAAAACCCAAACGGAAAAUGACAACCUAUAUAUGAUCCCCAAUCAGAGACAACGAUAGACACACUCAAACCACACUCGGCCAAAACAAAGAAAUAGAAAACAUAGAAUGCCCACCCAAAUCACACCCUGACCUAACCAAAUAGAGAAAUAAUAAGGCUCUCUAAGGUCAGGGCGUGACAGGUGGCUACUUUGUUUAACACUUUUUGGGUAACUACAUAGUUCCAUAUGUGCUAUUUCCUAGUUUUGAUGUCUUCACUAUUAUUCUACAAUCUAGAAAAUAGUACAAAUCAAUCAAGAAAAACCCUUGAAUGAGUAGGUAUGUCCAAACUUCUGACUGGUACUGUAUGUGGUAGUGGAGUAGGGGCCUGGGGAACACACUUAGUGUGUUGUGAAAUCUGUUACGAAUGUACUGUAAUGUUUUUAAAUUGUAUUUUGCCAGACCCCAGGAAGAGUAGAUGAAUGGUGAUCCAUAAUAAAUACAAAUACAAAUCAUACAUUUUGUGUUGUGGUGGUGUGACAGUGUUAUAUGAUGCACAAUUUUAUAUAUUAUUUUAUGUGUGAUGUGUAAGUGUCUUAAUGUGUUUGGACCUCAGGAAGAGUAGCUUCUGACUUGGCAGGAACUAAUGGGAAUCCCUA